UAUCAGAUACAACAUCUCUUUUUUAUUCAGCACAAUUUUCAGUCUUGAGAAAUAAAAUUUCAUAAGAAAAAAGUUCAAAAAUGUUAUUUUAAAAUCAAAAAACCACUAUCCAGGAGUUUGGAAUAAUAAAAAACAUCAAUACUUAAAAUGGAUAUUUCACACAGGACAGCACAAAAACUAAAGAUCACUUAUAUAAAUAUAACAUGGGCAUUAUUAGUGCUGUUAUCUGUGCAUCAUUCACUAGCAACUCGAGCGAGUUCAGCUAAGAGGUCAGACGUAUAUAUUGCAGGAUUUUUUCCAUAUGGUGAUGGCGUUGAAAAUUCUGAUACAGGGCGUGGGGUAAUGCCAAGCGUCAAGUUGGCUCUUUCCCAUGUCAACGAACAUCCAAGGAUUCUCACAAAAUACCGCCUACACAUGUGGUGGAAUGACACAGAGUGCAAUGCUGCUGUUGGUGUGAAGUCUUUCUUUGAUAUGAUGCACUCUGGCCCAAAUAAACUUAUGCUCUUCGGAGCUGCAUGCACCCAUGUCACAGAUCCAAUAGCUAAAGCUAGCAAGCAUUGGCAUCUUACACAGCUUUCCUAUGCAGACACUCAUCCAAUGUUCACCAAGGAUGCAUUUCCAAAUUUCUUUAGAGUCGUUCCAUCAGAGAACGCAUUCAAUGCACCUCGCUUGGCUCUACUCAAGGAAUUCAAUUGGACACGAGUUGGAACGAUCUAUCAAAAUGAGCCAAGGUACUCCUUACCACACAAUCACAUGGUCGCCGAUCUCGAUACAAUGGGAUGUGACGUCGUCGAAACUCAGAGCUUUGUUAAUGAUGUCAACGAAUCGUUGCGGAAACUUCGUGAAAAGGAUGUUCGAAUCAUUUUGGGCAACUUUAACGAACAAUUUGCUAGGAAGGUUUUCUGUGAAGCUUAUAAGCUUGAAAUGUAUGGUCGAUCUUAUCAAUGGCUUAUUAUGGCCACCUAUUCUGUUGACUGGUGGAACACUACUGCGGACUCUGAAUGCACUGUCGAAGAGAUCACAAAAGCUAUGGAGGGCAUAAUCCUGGUCGAUUUAUUACCUCUUUCGACAAGUGGAGACAUAACUAUUGCUGGAAUUACCGCCGAUGAAUACCUUUCGGAAUAUGAUAGCUUGAGAGGCAAUGAAUACUCCAGAUUCCAUGGAUAUACCUAUGAUGGAAUAUGGGCAGCGGCAUUAGCAAUUCAAUAUGUUGCUCAGAAGCGUGACGACUUUUUGUCGCAAUUUGAUUAUCGUGUUAAGGAUUGGGAAAGUGUUUUCUUGGAGGCUUUAAGAAAUACCAGCUUCGAAGGAGUUACUGGACCAGUACGAUUUUAUAAUAAUGAACGUAAGGCCAAUAUACUUAUCAAGCAAUUUCAAUUUGGUGAAGAGCAGAAAAUCGGAGAGUAUCAUUCGCAACUGAAUCAUUUGGAUUUGACACUUGGAAAAUCAGUUCGUUGGAACGGAAAAACUCCACCGAAAGAUAGAACUUUGAUCUACAUUGAACAUAGUCAAGUCAAUAUUAAAAUCUAUGUGGUUUCGGCUAGUGCUUCCUCCGUUGGUAUCCUCAUUGCUUUCGUUUUUCUUGCCUUCAAUGUUAAAUAUCGCAAUCAAAGAUACAUCAAAAUGUCCAGCCCACAUCUAAACAACCUAAUUAUUAUCGGAUGUAUGCUUACGUAUCUAAGUGUUGUUUUUCUGGGCCUUGACACAACUCUGAGUAGCAUUGGAGCCUUCCCAUACAUUUGUACUGCCCGAGCAUGGCUUUUAAUGGCUGGUUUUAGCUUAGCUUUUGGAGCCAUGUUUUCGAAAACCUGGCGUGUUCAUUCGAUAUUCACCGAUUUGAAGCUUAACAAAAAAGUCAUCAAGGACUAUCAACUUUUUAUGGUUGUGGGAAUAUUGAUUUUCCUUGAUGUGGCCAUAAUAACAACUUGGCAAGUGGCAGAUCCAUUUUACCGGGACACAAAGCAAUUAGAGCCUAGGCACCAUGAAAUCUUAGAAGACGUCCUUGUGAUUCCUGAGAACGAAUAUUGCCAAUCCGAGCAUAUUACCAUUUUUGUGGGAAUCAUCUACGCUUACAAGGGUCUCUUGCUGGUCUUUGGUGCGUUUUUGGCUUGGGAAACUCGUCACGUAUCAAUACCAGCCCUCAAUGACUCCAAACACAUUGGCUUCUCCGUCUACAACGUCUUCAUAACAUGCAUUGCCGGUGCUGCCAUCUCCCUUGUCCUCUCCGAUCGAAAGGAUUUAGUAUUUAUUUUACUAUCGUUUUUUAUAAUUUUUUGUACGACAGCAACAUUGUGUUUGGUGUUCGUACCGAAAGUAAGACUGGUACUUGUCGAACUCAAACGAAAUCCUCAAGGUGUUGUUGAUAAACGAGUCAGGGCUACCUUAAGACCCAUGUCCAAGAACCGUCGUGAUUCAUCAGUUUGUGAAUUAGAACAGAGGUUGAAAGAUGUCAAGAACACAAACUGUCGCUUUAGGAAGGCUUUGAUGGAAAAAGAGGCAGAGCUUCAGGCAUUGAUUCGAAAGUUAGGCCCAGAAGCAAGAAAAUGGAUUGAUGGUGUUACUUGCUCGGGUGAUACAGAGCCAAUUUUGGCAGAUUCUGGAAGGCUGUCAGCGCCACCUGUUAGAAGGGAAAUGCCUAGUACAACUGAAAUCACCGAGCUGACAUCUGUUGAUAGUGUAACAUCGACACACGUUGAGAUGGACAACACUCUAGUUUCUGUACCUUCGUCAACACCUGCACCUCCUUUAUUACCAAAAAAGAAGAAUGCUACUCCUCUACAAGAAACAGCUCCAAUCCAGCAACCACUGCAGGCAAAUCUCAUUAUUCAACCGAAACCUAAGCCCGAAGAAACGAUUAUCUACCAAAGGACACCAGUUAUUGAGAAAAGAAAUUCAGUUUCGGCUCAAACAGACGCCAAUAUUGGAGCUAUAACAACUGCAAAGCUACAGGAAUGCAACAAUAUAAAACGCGAUGAGUCUGGUCUCCGGGAAAGAAGACAAUCAACGAACCUUUCAAAAUCAGAUUCUACAAAAGAUAUUCGGGAAAAUGGAAGUCAAACUCCAACAUCAAAGCCCAAACACAAUCAAAAUCAUCGAAACUCUUCAGCAAACGCUCUUUCUACAUCAAGCACAGAUUUGAAUAAUGCUUGUCCACAUGGAGGCCCUCAUGCAAAGACCAACAACGUCUCUAAAACUCCAAUUGAAAACAGGCGUGUGAGCAUGGGAGCCGGACUUAAGUCUGGCUUUGUAGUCUCACAAAGUGACCUUUGGGAUACUCACACUCUUUCGCAUGCAAAGCAACAUUCCAGGCAAUCCCCACGAAACUAUCCGAAUCCACAGCGUUGCACUGAACACAGUCACAUCGUUCCCUAUGAUCAAACAACAUCACCAAUUCAGCGUUCAGUAUCCGAAAAGAAUCGUAACAAACAUCGACACAAGCCUCAAAAGGGGACAGUAUGUCAAAGCGAAACGGACAGUGAGCGUGAAAAGGAGCCCACCCCACCAGCCACUCAAUGCGUGCAACAACGAAAGCUAGUAAAAACCAUCCAGCAUGCUGCCCAUCAUCACUCAUCACCCAAUGUUGCACCAGAUAAACGCAAGCACCGCAUCAAAACCGAGUCUUCGAUGUACAAUGCCAGCUCGGAGUCGGAAUUAUUGGAUGGCGAGACAGCAAUAUUGCCGAUAUUUAGAAAGCUUUUAACAGAAAAGCAGCCACACUACCGAGGCCGCAGUGUUGUCGGACAAAGUUGUCCAAAUAUAUCCAUUAAAUGUGAUAUAGUUGAGUAUUUGUAAAGCGGUUUGGCUGGUUGAGAGCUUAGAUAUAUUAUAUUGGGCUUUUAAGAAACGAAUUAUGUUUUUAAUUUAAAAAAAAAAUAACUAAGAAAAUAUUGAAAAGUGCAAUAAAUAGAUCGAUUUCAUUAGAUGAAUUAAAAUACGUA